CAGCAUUUGUGUAGCCAGAGCCAUCUCCAGGCACCCACAGCUGCACCCGCACCACGAAAUUUGGAGCAACACCCCCAAAAUGGGAUGCUGCAUAUGUUCCUGUUCCCCCAGCUUGGAGCUUUUGGUUCCUGUCCUCCAAAAAGAUGAGCUGUUCCAGGAGGGUUCAUGGACGUAUCGAAUCCCGGCCCUGCUCUACAUUAAGACGUCCCGCACCAUCCUGGCUUUCACCGAGCAGCGGGCAGGUAAGAAGGACGAAAGCGCCAAGCGGAUCGUCAUGCAGAGAGGCGCAUAUGAUGAUGCUAAACGCACCGUUCAGUGGGAACCAAUGCAGAUCGUUGUCGAGAAUGUGAAAUUGGAUACACAGAAAGCCCGUGCUGUACCACACCGCCCCAUGAACCCAUGUCCCGUGUAUGAUGAAGUCACUGGAAAUGUCGUUCUGGUCUUUAUAGCUGUGGAGGGAAACGUCUCUGAGCAAGAACAGAUCAGGAAAAAGGAAAACAAGGCCCGUCUGUGCCAGGUCUCCAGUGCUGACAAUGGAGUCUCCUGGGGCCUUGUGACGGAUCUCACUGACAGUGCCACAGUACCCGAGAACUGGGCCACCUUUGCAGUGGGACCAGGCCAUGGUUUACAGCUAUAUGAGGUUGAGAGUCUAGUGAUCCCAGCACAUGCCUAUUGGAUAUCUGUCGAUAAGAAAUCCACCUCCCCCCACCCCUUCUGCUUUAUUAGUGAUGACCAUGGGAGAACCUGGAGAAGGGGGAACUAUCUGGCAGAGAAUGCUGGGGAAUGCCAGAUGGUUGAAUUAAAGAGCCAAGGAAAGCCAGUGCUGUACUGCAACGCUAGAAGUAAAGAGCAAUGCAGAGUCCAGGCUGUGAGUGACAUUGAAGGGAAGGAUUUUAGUCAUGGUCUCAUUAGUAAACUGGUGGAACCUUGUCAUUCUGGUGGCUGUCAUGGGAGUGUUAUUGGCUUCCCAUGUCCUGCUAGUGUGCAGUCUGAGCAGGACACGUGGUUGCUCUAUUCUCAUCCUACAAGCUGCUGUUGUCGGAAAGAUUUAGGCGUGUACCUCAACAGGGAACCCUUAAAUCCAGAAAGCUGGGGAGAAUCCACAGUCAUCUGCAAGGGCUACUGUGCUUAUUCAGAUCUGCAGUACAUGGGGCCAGGCCCUGAGGGCUCACCCCUGUUCUGCUGCCUCUUUGAGUUUGGCAAGAAAUGCAACUAUGAGAUCAUCUUCCUUAUGUUCACUCUGAAAGAGGUCUUUCCAUCUGAGUCCCAUGCCCCAGAGUAGAGGACCAUGUGGUGCCCAUGUAACGGUUGUUAUUCAUGAUGUGUUGCUCAUGGCAUUGGAAUUAGGUGUGUGCACACCGUGUGCAUGGAUUCUGGAGCUUUAUUUCCCCAGUGGUAUCCAUUGGGCCAGCAGGGAGCCCCCAGAGUUGACACUGACAUAAUGAAUAAGUACCCCUGCUGGACUUCCCCUCCCUCAGUUCCUUCUUGCGGGAGAAACUCGGAUGAACUAGAGGUGGGGGAGGGGGUGUCGAAUGGACAUGAGCAACACAUUUAGAACAACAACACUUACAGGGAAGUAACAGUUUUUCUUCUUUAAGUGCUUGCUCAUGUGCAUUCGAAUUAGGUGACUCUCUAUACCAAACCAAUGGAGGAGGGGUCAGAGAACAGUACAUGGCGCCUGCAAGAGGUGCCUGUUCUAGUGCUGUGCUGUGGACUCCAGGCUUUCCUGGUGCACUGGAGGAGGGGGCCUUAUCCAAGACAGUGCCGUGGGAAGUGGGCUGCUCCUCCCGUUCCUGUGCACCACUCAUCCUAGUGCGAGGAUGGCUUUUUUUCUGGUGUCAAUGAGGCUACCGGUGCCAAUAAGGGACCUGGUACCAAUGAGGCCGACUGUGAUGAUGAAGUUACCAGUGUUGACGAGGUUCCCAGGGCCAGCCAAGCCCCUGGUGUCAUCGAGGUACCUGGUGCCACCGGUGCUGCAGGUACAUGACUUGUCUGUCCUGAGUGUCUGAUUCAUUGACACCUCUGAUCCAGGGCCGGGGACAAGACUAGUGAGGCAGUGAGCUCUAUCAGCUCCCUCACAGUGUCAAAGGUCUCAGGGGUGGACGGUCGCUCCAUGUGUAAGUGCCCUUCUUGACCUGGGCUCCUUGUCUAUGUCAAGUCCAACCAGUGCCUAGAAGCCCUGGAAGGUCUUGAUGGUGUGGAGGCGAGUCUUCUAUCAGAGUGUGAGCCUGGUGCCGACUCCUGGGCCAUUGCUUCCCCGUAGAUCUCCCACUCGGUUGGCUCCUGUUCUUCCGUACCAGAGACUGGGAACGGAGCCUCAGUACUAUAACCUUUUUCAGUGCCGUGGCAUGUACCGGUGCCGCUGAGACUUCACGUACCGAUGCCAAAGUGCGGACUCCAUAAAAAGUAGCUUCAGACGGGAAUCUCUCUCCCUCUUUGUGCGGGAUUUAAAACCCUUGCAGAUUUUGCAAGGAUCUCUAAGGUGGCCAUCAGCCAGACACUUCAAACAAGAGUCAUGGGGGUCCCUGCAGGGCAUUGGCUUUGAACAGGUCGCACAAGACUUAAAACCCUGCGGACCUGGCAUCACCCUCCCUCAUAGGGGACAGGCACGUUAAUGCUAAAACCUACCUAACUAGUUGCCAACGAUUUACACUAGAAAGAACAACUUCAAAGGAGAACUAUCUACACGCUGGGGCGUAAAGUAAGAAAGACAAGUUGCUCCAGCUUCUGUCACGGGCUCUAAGAAGGAACUGAGGGGAGGGGAGGGCCAGCAGGGUUACUUAUUCACCAUUAGGUGGCGCCACUGCAUGAGGCUCCCUAAUGACCUGAUGGAUAUUGCUGAGGAAAGGAGGCUCUGGAAUCCACGCACCCGGCGUGUGUGCACCUAAUUUGAAUGCACAUGAGCAAGCCCUUGAAGAAGAACUACCUUAGCUGACACGUCACUGCCCCAUCUCACCUGUCAGCAAACGGCUUUUAUCCCCUGCCCUUGUCCUGGCCCAUAAGCCCUAUUCAAAGGGUUGUUUUUCUUUGUCAAGCUUUCUGCUCCGCCCUUCCCACCGUGCUGCCCCCUUCAGCACCAAAUAGCAAAAGUGAAUGUGAGUUUCGUGUCACACCUGUCAGACCCAGCAGGGCAGCCCCUCUGUGGCAGAUGUGAUGCCCAUCACCUUCCCCACACUACUUAC